AUGGAGCAGUACACGGCUGCCACCACGGCUACUGGAGAGCAAAUCGUAGUGCAGGCUGCCAAUGGACAGAUCCAACAGCAGGCCCAGGGCACAGUGACGGCUGUGCAACUGCAAACGGAAGCACCUGUGGUGACGGCCUCAGGCCAGCAAGUGCAGACACUCCAGGUAGUGCAGGGGCAGCCUCUGAUGGUCCAAGUGAGUGGCGGGCAGCUCAUUACAUCAUCCGGACAGCCCAUCAUGGUGCAGGCCAUGUCGGGCGGACAGGGUCAGACCAUAAUGCAGGUUCCAGUGUCCGGAGCCCAGGGUCUACAACAGAUCCAACUGGUACAACCCGGUCAAAUCCAACUGCAAGGUGGUCAGACUCUGCAGCUCCAGGGUCAGCAGGGCCAGGCCCAGCAAAUUAUCAUCCAACAACCCCAGACAGCCAUCACCGCCGGACAAAACCAGGGUCAGCAGAUCAGUGUGCAGGGCCAGCAAGUGGCGCAGACAGCAGAUGGACAGACCAUUGUCUACCAGCCCGUCAAUGCAGAUGGAACUGUCCUCCAGCAGGGAAUGAUCACAAUUCCCGCUGCCAGCCUGGCAGGCGCCCAGAUCGUGCAGGCAGGGAACGCCAACACUAACACCACGAAUAGCCAAGGCACUGUGACCGUCACCCUGCCCGUCUCUGGCAACAUGGUCAAUGCAGGUGGAAUGGUCAUGGUAAGACCCAAUAUGGAGAUGGUACCAGGAGGCGGAGCAGUGCCCACAAUGCAGCGUAUCCCUCUGCCGGGCGCCGAGAUGCUGGAGGAGGAGCCCCUUUAUGUGAAUGCCAAGCAGUACCACCGCAUCCUGAAGCGACGGCAGGCCAGAGCCAAGCUGGAGGCAGAGGGCAAGAUUCCCAAAGAAAGGAGGAAAUACCUGCACGAGUCUCGCCAUCGUCACGCUAUGCAGCGUAAGCGAGGCGAUGGAGGCCGUUUCUUCUCACCCAAGGAAAAAGAAGAAAUGGCGUUGGCACUGGCACAGCAACAGCAGGAGGCGGCACAGGCAGCAGCCGAUGAGACGGUAGCACAGAUGAUCCGAGUGUCGUAG